UGUGGAAAACAGGUGAAUUGGCAAUAGCGCACAUUUAUUACGCUUGCUACAAGGGUUCAGAGCGAUAUGACUUUUAAGAGCUGGUUAUAUUUCCAACAGUUAACUCAAUCUGAUGACGUUUGCCUUGGUGGAGAGCUGUUAUUAUUUUGUUCUUCUUCUUGAGUUUCACGCGAUAAACUCAGAAUUCGUGUUUGCCAAUGAGCUCGUCUCAUCUUGCGAUAGUGACUAUGCGGUCGGCGGCCGAUGGGAACCUGCGAAUCAUUUUAUUUGUGCGUGCGAUUAAAACACAGCGCACGUUUGCCCGCUGCUUUAAAGCUUCAUAAUGUAAAGAGAAGCUAGCUUCAACCCUCUGGACAUAAAAAAGACAGCCAUUUUGACGUUGGUAAGCUUAGGUUGCAGCCAUGUUAGUGCGAGGUAUUUUCUUCAGCCUUACCUAUGUGUUGAGUUCAAUGUCUCCCUCAGUAAGUCGGGCAGCAGGAGAAAGUGGAGGAUAUUAUUUCUUCGGCGAAGUAAUGUCGCAUGCCGAAUAUGAACCGUGGAAUUGGCUUGCCAAUGCCACUCUGCAAUUCUAUUUCAAAACUGGGAGCAAAUCUAAAAUGAUGAUGUUUUAUCAAGAGGAGAAAACACACGGCCAGCACAUGGAUUUAUUCCUGAUAAAGGGGGAACUUCGACUCCGCGUUAAGAUGGGACAAAACAUGGUUUCUAUCCAAAAGCGGUUUAUUGAGGAUAAAGUGGAUUUCGCCGACUCGGGGUGGCAUGAAGUUAAAAUUGAGUUGUUUCGGAGCGAAAUACGUUUUUUUGUUAAUUCAACUGACGGAAACGUAUACAGCGCAGAUCCAAUUCCAUACACAGAGUAUAAUCCGUCUACCACUAGCCACCAAAACAUCGAGUCUCUCCUAAUCGCUGGUCUUCCUUUUAGAAAGGGAUUUAAAUGGUCUGAAAUGUCCUAUCCAAGUUUUUUCAACGAAUUCUACCGAGGGAAUCCCUUAAGCUUCAAAGGAUGUAUUGGCAACAUCAGAUUCAACCGAAUUCCAAAUGGUCGCUUAGAGCAAGCGAAACUUCGAACUCCUCCAAGAGGGGCGGUGGACAACUGCACUGGAGCAUGCGCAGAACGGACUCAAAGAUGUUCCAAUGGAGGUCGAUGCGUUGAUCAUAUCAAAUACUCCGAGUGUGACUGCACAGGGAUUGGGUACGAAGGAGGGAGCUGCGAAAUACCAGUAAAGAAGUAUAUCAACUCAACGGUAUCUCCACAUGUGAACAGAACAGUUUCCAAUGGAACAGAUGUCACCGCACAGAAAAACAACACCAGAGACGACGACAAUAACGUCAGUAGCGGUGGAGAUGUAGGAGCAGGCAAUGGGAGCGACGACAUUGUAAAUGAUCCAGCAGUAAAGAAGCAUAUCAACUCAACGGAAUCUUCACAUGUGAACAGAACAGUUUCCAAUGGAACAGAUGUCACCGCGCAGAAAAACAACACCAGAGACGACGACAAUAACGUCAGUAGCGGUGGAGAUGUUGGUGCAGGCAAUGGGGAUGGCGACAAUGUAAAUGAUCCAGGUAAAAGCACCAAAGGUGUAGCAGUGAGCGAAAGCAAGAAGGCCCAUAAUGGAGUUUCACUUCUGGUCGAUUCGCUGCCGCUUUGCCUUUUUCUUUACAUGACAGCUUUUCUCAUCGGCAUCGAUGUAGCCUGAUAGUGACUUGGUCUACUCCUCUGAAAGCUGGAGUCUCGGAAGAAUUUUAAGCCUCAACAGUGUAGAUAAAAUUGCGCUUUAUGAAGGACUGGGUUCGAGAGUAGAUCAACAGGCUGUUAAAUGACAGAACAACCGUAUCAAUACUUCAUAUUAUCUAUCUUUUAGAGGUUUAGAUAAUGGGAAUCUUUCAGCGUUGUAACCGCUUCAGAAAUUCUUACCAGUUCCCGUUAUUCUCUGCAAGUAACAAACUAUGUAGGUACUAUAAGAUAUCAACACAAAAAAUUUCAUAACUGAUUUUUGUCCAACGGUUUAUUAAGUACACAAUCUGUGUCAUGUUGUCAUUUUUUCAUUCUUUCUCUGCAGAAAAGUUUGAUUGAAUUUAAGUAGUAAAUGACUCACGUUAUUAGUAGUAUUUCUUUCAUCUGUAUUUAAACUAACCAAUGGAUUUACGCAGGAAACGUGAAACUGUGGUGAUUAAGUAA